UCGCCGCGGCAGCGAAACGCGCUGCCAACGGGAGGGAGGGAGGACUGUCCGGCGCGUGGUGUCGGUCCCCCUUACCUCAUGGAAAACUACAUUUCCCACAGUGCUCCGCGCUUAUGCUAUGAUGGAGCUACGCAUGGUUGAGCUGGAGAAAAGGACCCGAGAUCACUUGGAGAAGCUGGGCUUUGAAAUCCACCCGCUUAAGGUAGGGUGGUACAAUGAGGUCCUUUCUCCAGCUUUUCACUUGCCGUACUUGGAUGACACUCUGGCAUUCGUGGUGCUCAGCACUCCUGCUAUGUUUGACAAAGCCUUCAAACCUUUCUUGAGGAAUGGGCCACUGAAAAAGAUUCGUGACCCUGUGGACCAGUGCAUUUCUCAUCACCUCACAUUGCUUAGGGAGAGUCUUGCUGACCAGCAGGUAGACAUCAUGUAUGACUAUGAGAUGCUGCCCAACCGGAAGCCCAAGUUCCUGGCCCAGACAGCUGCACAUAUAGCUGGUGCUGCUUACUACUAUCAGAGGAAAGAUGUGCAACAAGAUCCCUGGGGAGAGAAGAAGAUCUAUGGCGUCUGCAUCCACCCACGUUACGGAGGCUGGUUUGCUAUCCGGGCUCUCCUGCUUUUUCCAGGUGUUAAGGUGCCUUCCUUGCUGCAGAAAACUCCUGUGGAUUGUGUGGCAACAGAGGAAAAGAGAAUAGAACUUCUGGAGAAGUUCAAUUUCCACUGGCAGGACUGGAGCUAUCGGGACAUUACUGAAGUGAAGGAGAAGUACUCGGAGGAACAGAAAACGUACUUUGCAACUCCUCCAGCUGAACGGUUAAAAUUGCUGACUCUGCAAGGAGGAUUGCAAAGGAAUGCAAUACACUGAGUUGCUGCUCUCCUGGCCCAAGGGGGACUCAUAGCCUAUUCUACUGUGUCCACUUCCAUGGGUGGUUUACUUGUGGACCCAAGCUGUGGUCCUGGACACACUUGCUAGGAAGUAAGACCCAUUGAACACAGUGGAGCUUUGCUACAAGUAAAUAUGUCUAGGGUUGCACUGCAAUACUAGUUACACUGAAAGCCUGUGAAUCCAGGUGUAGGAACACUAGUCCCCCCCCCCAUUAUUAUUUUUUUAGAGGAAUUAAUUUUUAAAACAUGCUGCUGUAUUUAAUUUGAGGGUAUUUAAAAAUGCUUUUUGUGUGUGAGAGACUGGUAGGUGGUGUAAUUAUUUUUCUUUGGUUAUGAAUUCAGGAGAGAUAUUUGUGUAAAUGGCACUUUUGCUGUCCUGUGGGAGAGAUGCCCCACGAAGCAGUUGUUUUUGAAGGAUGUUGUUGUCUAGUCCUUAUCAUAGUGUAAAGUCAUUUCAGAUUCUCAAUAUUGCUUCUGAGGCUUUGAAAUCAUUUUGUUCCAGUGGUUUCUUUUUUUUUACUUUCCACUCCUGUUCAAAGGACUAGAGAUGUUGUCUAACUCAUGUAGUGAAGGGGAGGUGAUAGUAAAACUGAAGGAAGCAAAACGGUCUGGCUCUUUCUGUUACGAGUCCUUUGUGGCAUUCAUGCUAUGUUGCAAGGCUUUUGGGGGAAAGUACAUAGCCUUGAAUUGGAAUAUUAGACUAGGAAUGCAUGUGUCACCCAGUCCAUUCCUGCCAGGACCUACAAUAUCUACUGUUGGCAUAGGUAAAGUGCUAGGUAUUUCUGUAAGGGUUAUUGAAAAGAACUUGCCUUGCUGUUCACAUAUUUUAAGAAUUGGCAGACACUAAUAAUUCUUAACGUGCCUGACAUUUUCAAUACUCUCAGCAAAGAUUAAAGACUGUAUCCAAUGCUGCACAUGCAGUGUUUUUCUCAUGCAAUGGAAAAUCCACUUCCUUUCCCAGCACACACCCCAGAUUCUGUUCUGGAGGGUAUCCCAACUCUCUGGAGCAGAUUUUAAGGGUUUUUCGGGGGGUUGCAAAGGAGAGGAGGGAAAAAUUUCAUUGUACAAGUGGAAGUCUGUUGACACAGCAAAACAACAGCAUGGAUGCAACCCCAAGAAAACAAUCCAGUCUCUACCUGUAAGCUUACAGUCUAAUAUAUACUAUACAAAAGGUAGAAUGGGAUAAAGAGAGUACAUUGAGGUAUUCUGCAUAGGUUACAAAAAUGUUUCAUGACCUGGCGGAAUAGCUACUGAGACAGUUCUGGGAGAAGAAUUUGUAGUCCUGAGUUGAGCACAGGUUGGGGAAUCUCCAGUUCAACAUAUAGCCCCAAGUCGUGCUGCCUGAAUUCUGGUAUUUUGAAUUUUGGAUGCUGAAGUUGCCCAGUGUGUGGUAUAAAAUCCCUGGUGCCCUACUCAGAAUCUCCCACCUGCAAAUGGAAUCUCACUCCUUAUUCUGUGCUUGAGCAGCUGAGGAAUAGGCUGGCUAGACUGUUUAGUGAAGGCUGACCACACUUCCCCCUUCUUCUUCUUCUUCUUCUUCUUCUUCUUCUUCUUCUUCUUCUUCUUCUUCUUCUUCUUCUUCUUCUUCUUCUUCUUCUUCUUCUUCUUCUUCUU